AUGGGUUCAUGCACUUCAAAAGAUAAUAGGAUAGAACCAACAAGCAACAAGUCUACUCAGAAUAAACGUCAACAACAAACACAACAAAUAUCGAAACAACAACAGCAAAAUCAGCAACAAACACAACAACAAAAUCAAAAUCAACGUCUACUGCUGCAAUCAAAGCAAAAUAGCAAGUUAGAAAAAUCAAAUGGUUCAACUAAUUCACAACAAAAUCAAUCACUACAGAAUAGUCUAAAUCAAAAUGAAAAACAAGAUACUGAAAUCAAUGGCACAAAUCAUCAUAAUAAUAAUGGCACAGUUAAUAAUAAUAAUAAUGAACUACCUGAUACUUCAUCAGAUUCAAAUUCAACUAUAAAAGUUUUAUUAUUAGGAUCAGGAGAAAGUGGGAAAUCAACAAUUAUAAAACAAAUGAAAAUUUUACAUACUUCUGGAUAUACAAAAGAAGAAUUAAUUGAAUAUCGACCUUUUGUUUAUAAAAAUGUUUUAGAUUGUAUUAAAAAUAUAAUAAAUGCAAUGAUUGAAAAGGGAAAUGAUGAUUUAAUAAAUUUAAAUAUAGAAGAAAUUAAUCAAAUAUUAGAAUAUGAAGUUGAUUUAAAUCAAUUAAAUUUACAUUUUGAUCAAAAUAUUGCAAAAUUAAUAAACAAGAUAUAUGAAAAUAAUAAUGUUAAAAAUUUUAUUAUAAAAAAUCAAAAUAAAUUUCAUUUAUUAGAUUCAACUGAUUAUUUAUUAUCUGAUAUUUUUAGAAUUACAAAUCCAAAUUAUAUUCCCACCACAACUGAUAUUUUAAGAACAAGAAAAAAGACAAGUGGUAUAUAUGAUCAUACUUUUAAUAUGAAUGGUUUAAAUAUUCAUAUGUUUGAUGUUGGAGGUCAAAGAUCUGAAAGAAAAAAAUGGAUUCAUUGUUUUGAUAAUGUUUCAUUAAUUAUAUUUUGUGUUGCAUUAAGUGAAUAUGAUCAAGUUUUAUUAGAAGAAAAUAAUCAAAAUAGAUUAGAAGAAAGUUUAGCAUUAUUUGAUUCUGUUGUAAAUUCUAGAUGGUUUUCAAGAACUUCAGUUGUUUUAUUUUUAAAUAAAAUUGAUAUUUUUGCUGAAAAAUUACAAUUUUCUCCAUUAGAAAAUUAUUUUCCUGAUUAUCAAGGUGGUAAUAAUAUAAAUAAAGCUGCAAAAUAUAUCUUGUGGAGAUUUAAUCAAGUUAAUAGAUCUGGUUUAAAUAUUUAUCCUCAUGUUACUCAAGCAACUGAUACAAAAAAUAUUGAAUUAGUUAUGGCUGCUGUUAAAGAAACUAUAAUGGAAAAUAAUUUAAAAAAUAGUGGAAUUUUAUCUUAA